AUGACAUCAUUUGUUUUAGUUAUUGGUUCUUAUGUUAAAAGAAAUAAUUAUGGUACUAGUUUUGACGUUGUUAAUUUUGAAAAAGCAAAGUUGCCAGAAAUAAGUGACUUGGAAGUUUAUGUGCAUUCGUUACAAAGAAUUAUAGAGUUCUGUUCGCGAAAUAAGAGUGAUUUAGAUUUGAAUUUGGAAUUUGGGUUGUUUCUGAUGAGCGUGAAUUUGAAAUAUGUUUUAAAGAAGAAACGGAAUUCUUUACCAAAAGACUUAGACAUUAUAUUAGAAAAGUUGGUGAAAGAUAAUGAUGAUUUAUUCGAUUACUUUACUUACAUGUUUAAUAAAGAUCAAAACCCUAAGGACAGAUCAAAUAAGAUGAUAACAUCUUUAUUCUUAAACGAAACAAAAUGGAUAAAUAGGAUUCUUGAAUAUGAUACUCGUUCAACGAUAUUUGGAAAUGAUGAUCAAUUUCAAGUUAAUGAAAGAUACGGAUCUAUAGACGAAUAUAUAGAGGAUUUAAAUAAUAUUGAUAGUUGGGUACCUACGCCAGAUAAAUGUUUCACAUCAUUGGCACAAAAUCCAGAUUAUAAUUUGAUGUCAACCUCGAGGUGUACUUUGAACGAACCUUGUUAUAAUAUGAUUAAAAAAGGUAGCAACUUUGGAUACGCGAUGUCGCACAGAUUGCUGUUGCUAGUAAACGCUCGACACGGUCGUGGUUGUUACAUAUUUUCUAAUGAAAAAGACCGGGAGUUAGCCAAAAAUUUUUGUAAAAUGGCGUACGAUGAAAUAAAAUUUGUAAUAGAAAAACGUUAUGAUAUAAUCGAUUUGAUCCUGGAGCUGAUUACCCUUUGCGCGUUGGACGGACACCCUGACUUCCUCCGGAAGGAUUGGAUGGCGAACAGUCUCCGAUUCCAAAAUAAUGUCGGAUGUUUCGGUGUGACUGUACCAACACAAUUCGAUGUGGAGUCAACUAAACAUUACGAAGGCUCAAGAAAAUGGACACUCUCUAAGAAAGAUCAGCGAAUACGGGGCGGAUACUGCAAUGGACACGUAACAUCCGUUGCUGCGGCUGCUCUUAUUAUUGGUUCUUAUGUUAAAAGAAAUAACUAUGGUACUAGGUUUGACAGCCCAAAGUUGCCGGAGAAAAGUGACUUGGAAGUUUAUGUGAAUUCAUUACAAAAAAUUAUAGAGUUCUGUUCGCAAAAUAAGAGUGAUUUAGAUUUGAAUUUGGUAUUUGGGUUGUUUCUGAUGAGCGUGAAUUUGAAGUAUGUUUUAAAUAAUAAACACAAGUCUUUACCAAAAGACUUUGAUAUUUUAUUAGAAAAGGUGGUGAAAGAUAACGAUGGUUUAUUUGACUACUUUACUAAUAUGUUGGAUAAAAAUCAAAAUCCUAAGGAUAGAUCAAAUAAGAUGAAGACAUGUUUCGAAUCAUUAGCACACAAUCCAGACUUUAAUUUGAUGCCAUCGGCGACAUGUGCUUUAAACAAGCUUUGUUAUAAUAUGAUUAAAAAAGGUACCAACUUUGGGUACCCUAUGUCGCUCAGAUUGCUGUUCAUAACAAACGCUCGACACGGUCGUGGUUGUUACAUAUUUUCUAUGCAAAAAGACCGGGAGCUUGCUAAAAAAUUAUGUAAAAUGGCGUAUAAUGAAAUCAAAUUUGUAAUAGAAAAACGUUAUGAUAUAAUCGAUUUGAUCCUGGAGCUGAUUACCCUUUGCGCAUUGGACGGACACCCUCAGUUCCUCCGAAAGGAUUGGAUGGCUAAUUUUCUCCGAUUCCAAAAUAAAGACGGAUGUUUUGGUGUGACUGUUCCAUCAGAAUCCGAUGUUAAAUCAAAUACACAACACGAAGCCUCAAAAAAUUGGAUUCUCUUGAAGACAAAUCAGCGAAUAGGAGGCAAAUAUUGCAAUGGACACGUAACAUCCGUUGCUGCGGCUGCCCUUGGUGCCGCCAUUAGAUACAUUUUGGAAACUUAUUAUUGAACUAUACCUACAACGAACUGUUAAAGUUAUGUAGACGAAUAGUCUUUAAAUCUGGAAUGUAAUUUAAAAUAUUAUUGAAUGACCAAAAUUGCUGAGAAUUGAUGUAAAAAAAGAAAAUAAUUAUAUGAAUUCCACACAUUUACAGAAUAACGAGUUUCACAACCAGUUGCACAAACGUCGAUUAAAAUUUUCAUUAGUUUAAAGCGACAUUAUCCAUACAAAUUUGACAUUUCAUUAGAUUCAUUAGAGCCUAAAGGCGUCAUUAAACCUUAAUAGACGUUUGUGCAACUGAGCGAAAGUGACAUAAGUUAUUUUUAUGCGUUUUAUUAAAUCAUUAAAUGGACUGCAUACAAUAUUUUCAUACUAAUAUAAAUUAUAAUACUAAACUAGUUUUUAUUUUAACCGUUAUUCCAACUUUGUCACGCUCUCGAUCAUCAACAACGUAAAUUUUUGAGCUCGACGAUGACGAAUUUAUAUUUUGAUAGAUAGGGAAUUUGGAUAUAUUGAAGUAUUGGUCUAUAUAUCUUAAAUGAAAUCUGAAAUAAAAUAAAUUGAUUGACGAACAUUCUCGGCAACAAUUAUCAAAACAAGGAUCCAACAACAUAACAUAACAAAAACAAAAGACUCGUGUGGCAUUUGCACUGUAGUAUCUACAGGAGUUGCUAGAUAUUUAUACCAUGAAUAAGAUAAUAAAAUUUUAUUGACGUACAAGUAAGCUAUCUAUAUAUAUAUAUAUUUGUUAAUAUGUAAGCGAUGUUAAACGUAUUAUGCAAAGGUAAAAUAAGAAGUUCAUUUAAUUUUUUAUAGUUUAUGACAAUUCAUUAUUUUUAUAGAACUGAAUAAUAAUCUCUUUCCGUUUUGAAAUUGAAUUAUAUGAACCUAUAAAAUACGGAACAAUUCACCAUAAUAAUUGCAAAUAACCUUUAUUUAUAAUGUAAUGCAACCUCCGUACCGUUUUAAUAGAUAGAAAUUUAAUUAACAUAUUAAAAUCAUAUAAAGUACUUGCCUACAUCUUAAUAACCUAAGAGUGCUUUAUAACGACAUACUCUCCUUCCUUGUGCCAGAGGAAUGAGAGG